UCCUUAUCAUCUAAAAGGGACAGGUGUCUAUGUUAUAGAAGAUCUGAUCAGAUUAAGUGUAACUAUAUUAUCAAUUAAUGGCUGAUCAGCAUGGAGAUCAAGAUCGGUUGCUUCCCAUUGCAAACGUGGGGAGGAUUAUGAAGCAGAUCUUGCCCCCAUCAGCAAAGAUCUCCAAAGAAGCCAAACUUACAAUGCAAGAGUGUGUAUCCGAGUUCAUAAGCUUUGUCACUGAGGAAGCAUCCGACAAGUGUCACAAGGAGAAUAGGAGAACGUUGAAUGGGGACGAUGUUUGUUGGGCUUUAAGCUCGCUAGGGUUCGACGACUAUGGUGAGGCUAUGGAAAAGUAUAUGCAUAGAUAUAGGGAGUAUGAGAGGCAAAGAGGAAAGGAAACCAAGAGAAACAACGGGGAAGCAUCAAAUACUAGGGAAAAUGAUCAAUCUAGCGGGGAUCAUGAUAAUACUACCCUAGCUCCCUUGGAGUUUAGAAUCCUAGAAAGAGGCGAAGGAUCUCUCCCUAGAUCAAAUAUUUUCAAGCCAUGAAAGAUAAGGAGAAGCAAAAAAGAUCAUAGGGAAAAGUAAGUUGAUCCAUAACUUGAUUUGUGUUUUCUCAUUUCAUUUUGGUGGGUAAAUAUCUCAAAUCUAAUUUAUGUAUGUGUAUUUUGUAAUGAAUCUUGGAAACUCAGUUAUCUCAACUUAAAACCCUAAUUGUGUAUUGAUCCUUUGUUAAUUCUUGGAAUAGUGUUGUCAUUUUGAUUUUGAUAAUUGUAUUGAGAUAAUAAGAUGACUAUCCUAAUCAAUUUUAAAUUGUUGGUUAGAAGGUUAUGUUUAAUGUUUGAGACAUGGUGUUCUUGAUCAAUGUUUUCUUUUUUGUAUUGUAAUUCUUUUGUAAAAUGUGA